GCUGUCUCCAUUAGGACGCCUUCUGAAGACCACCAAAAGGGGCUGUCCCUGUGUACAAGUCUAUGCUCCCAUUCAUGCAGUGUGUAUAUCAGUCCCCGCCGACAGACAGGCUGUGUCUCAUCCUCGUCAAAACAGAGAACUCUGUCUUCUUAGACUGAUAGAAAGGGUCGGUGAGUAGUAACUCUUCUUCUCAGACUAGCUCAGUGUUUACUUCACCUCUCUGUCGGCUGUUUUGGAAGUAGUCGUACAAAUAUGGCUGCAGGGGUGUUUAAAAAAAAAACCUCCGCCACCAAACAAACCCUGUGAAAACUGUCGACAUGUCUGCGCACUUUAAGCUAAUGUCAGUAGGUUGUGUUUCCCUGUCUGCGUUCCUGUGAGGUGUUCACAGGACUUACUGUACAUUUUCUCAGUUUCGCAUUGUCAUAAGAGGAUUUUAGGCCUGUAGUUCUUUGAUAUUAAGUCUACAGGAAAACAAUGACUUUUCAAAGUCUACACCAAAACCUCAAGGUUGGAUGUUGUGCUGUAUCCACUACAAUACUCUUAAAUUUUUGCCAUUCGGUCACAAAAUUAUACAUUUUAGAAAGCCUCUUCUGAACCUACGUUAAAAUACAAACCUCUUAUGACUCAACUUUCUUGCGACCUUAUGUGAAACUGUACAAGUAGGAACCUAGUCAGCACUGUUUCGUUGUUGGUCACAACAGAAAUGUAGGCAAAAGUCCAAGUAGAGGUCAUUCAUUGACAAGCACCUGACAGCUCUUUUAUAAUGCAAGUACAGUCCUUUGGUUCUGUAAUAACACUAUAGCUGCAGAAGUUUAAUGCAGACAUGGUAUUGUAGCAGUAGAGACAUUUUGUGUGUAAAUAUCACCUGCUAGUGAAGGUCAGUAAAAGCAUGGAUAUUGUCAUGAAUUCCUCUUUGUAACAGGAUCAUAAAAGUAGUUACAGCUCUGUUGACAAGAGGCUUUAUAGGCUCAUUAUAAUUUUACAUAAUAAACAGAGUACACCUCACCGUAAACCAGGGGAAGGAACACACUUGUGACCCCAUUUCACAGGCCACGUGGGCAGGACACUUGAUAUAAUAGGAAAAAAUAAGUAGCCUACUUAUGUGUAGAGUGUAUCGGUCGGCUGUAAAUGUAUGUUUAAUUUUGAUGUGUUUAAUGGCAGCUGCAUAAAGGGCUGCAAGGUGGAUGAUGUGGCGUUUGCGGUCACAUUCUCAUCUAGCCGAUAUGCAACCCCAAGUGCAUAAAGACUGGGGGUAGUUGACAUGAUUUAUUAACAUUAGACGGCCAUUCUGAUUGUACAUCAAAUGCUUACUAAUGGCUAAAAUAGGAUAAUUCAUUAUUCAGAAGAGAGGAUAUGUUUAUACAUUAAGGUGGUAAUCAUAAUGGGGUAAAUGUGCCGGCAUACGACGUUUUGCGAGGACGAUGUUGGCAGUUUUAGCCGGUAACUAAGCGGCGCAGCGCUGCGACCUUUCCCCCAGUUUGUGCAGCACAGGGUGGAUCAUGUGAUGUUGGAAAGUAGCAUGGGGGAAGGGACUGACUGCUGAAACACCGCUCUUUGGAUGCUGCUCCUUCCGAUGGCUGAAAAUGCAGAAAGGACGUGUCCUGCGUUCUGAGUACCACUGCAGGUUGUUAUAAAAGAUAAUUGUGCAAAGAGAAAGAUAUUGCUCUUCAGAAACAAGAAUAGAUCUAAGAGGGAAGCGUUGCUGUCAUUAAAAGGGGAAAUCAGUCGACUAAAACCGCAUUCAGCAAAUAUAACCACGAGAUGUUAGACGAUGAUGUAAUUUUGAAAAAUAGUACUUCCAUGAUAAACGUCAUUCCUGGCUAAUCAAGUUAUUUUCAGUUAUUAUUCGUGCCUAUUGUGGAGAGGUUGAAAUUUCCCACUGCGUUUGAACGCAACUGGAAACUGCACUUCCCUCACGACGCCACCAAUCACAUAUGGGCAGGUGGUUGUCUGCUGCACACCAGUCCUCCUAAUAAGUAGUGGUUAUAAGACAGGGCUGCAUCACCUGUGUGUACUCUGUAUUCUUUUAGCUUCAAACUGUGUUUUUAGGGAUUGAAAUCAAGAUUGUAUCAUUGACAUCUGAAAACGCCUGAAGUAAUACCAAAAUGCCUCAAACUUGUCAUGGUCUGAUUCUGGACAGACCCAAACUGUCUAGCACAUUUGAUGGAGUUAUUGUACAUUAGAAACAAUUAUGUCUGAAAUAGGGCCCACCGAUUUAUCGGUGAGCCGAUUAAAUCGGCCAAUUUUAGCCCGUUUGAGACUAAUCGGUAAUUGGCCAAAACUCGCCAAUUUUCGCCGAUAUUAAGAUCCUGUUUCACUUUGAAAAUGUUCCGCCAUUUGAAAAGUUCCCCGACUUAUCCUGUAGAUGGCGCAGCGACCUCAUGACAGUCUUCAUCCACUAACUACAUUAUAGUACAGCAGAGUGACGGAUCUGAAGCAGGCAGCUCAGGGAGACACGAAGGAGAGUGGUCCGCCUUAACGGUAAAUAAACUAGAUUGUGAAGUAGACAGUAAGUCAACAAGUUUCAGUUCAACCCACUUCACGAUGUUCCCCACUGUGCUGGUCUCGGUCACGCCGAGUUAACGGUGAAGCACCAUGUAAUAUGCAAGCUAAAGUUAGAGUUAGCCACCUGCUAUUAGCCUUGUUACACUGUUAGCCGUGCCAGUAACGGUAGAAUAAACAACAGUACAUAUUACGUGAUCGAGCUACUUCUCUUACUGAGGCAGCUUCAUGUCUCCAGGCGAGACCUGACCAGAAAUGUGUAACGUCUGCAUAUCUACAGUACAUAUGUAUUUUUUAUAACUUCCUAGAAAUAUCUAAAAAAAAAUCGUCCGAUUAAUCGGUAAUCAGACCCCCCCCCUAAUAAUCGGCAUUGGCCCCAAAAAAUCCAUACUGUUCGGGCCCUAGUCUGAAAUAUACUGCGUUCAUAGUCAGUGACCUUUUCAAGCAAAUCCAGCUGGUAAACUGAAAAAUCAGCUUGUAUGUUUACAGGUUACUCGGUCGUAAAGAUAUUGGGUCUGUAGUUAUAAAUGCCAGGAAGGAUAAACAUAAACACAACUCCUGCCAAAAGAAAGAGCUUCAAACCAGACUACCCUGUGAUCAGGGUUAUUUCCCAAAGCUCUCAUAACAGAGGAGAUUUUGUAUUUACAAGACAUUUACGAGGAGGUGGGAGUGAUUGAGCUGCAAAGAAUAGACUUUGGCAUCUCUGCAGUUUUAAAAAAAGAUAACCCACUGACCUGUCCUCUGUGUCUCAACUCUCUCAUGCCCCUCAGCCCAUACCCACAGAAACACAAUUGAAUAAAAAUGCACCCUAACGCGUUUUGAACCUGUUAUCUCAGCAGUUUUAAAAAAAGAUAACCCACUGACCUGUCCUGUCUGUCUCAACUAUCUUAUCAUGUCCCUUACCCUAUACCCACAGAAAAAUAAUUGAGUAAAAAUACACCCUAACAUAUUUUCAACCUGUUAUAACUUACUAAGGUUGACACAUGUUAAAUGGUUGUACAGAUAAGGGUAAAUGAGUUUGCUUAGCCGCAUCAACACUCUCUUAGGUGAAGGAUGUGGUACCGGUUUAACUUGUUUAGAACUAAGAGACAACAGAUAAUUAUUGAAAGCAUUGUUGAAUGAUUUUGCUUAAGAUGUGUUCUUCACUAAACAAGACCCUUAGUUUCUGAGGUCUGUGACAGGAUCAGAACAAAUAAAAGUUUCAACUUAGACCUAGAUACUUUGAGUUUCACAAAUGUGACCUUGACCAGUGUACUGCUCCGCUAACCAACAGAGGUGACUGAAGACUGUGGCCAUGCAGACCGAUAGAGAGAAAGAAAGUGUUGAUGACAUAACUCUUCAACAGCUUCUCCUCUGGUUGUUUGCACACAUAGGGCUGUAUCUAUGUUGUCUCGGGACCUUUCUACUUUGCUUCUGAGUUAGCAUGCAGUUAUCUGUCCGACCCAGUGCUGGCUUUGUGUCACUGUUCUCUGUAAAUCCAAUAAGAAUCCCUUUCACCCCAAAGAUAUCAAACUGAUUAAAACCUUGAAAUUGGAUAACCUGCUGAGUAGUCAAGGAAUGAGAGCGACUGAUUUCAUGUAACUCUGAAUGAAGUAGGUCAAUUUGGAAGAUAGUUCUGGUAUGUCCUUGAUAAGCUUCAUUCAGGUGUGCCCUUUCACAGUGAUUUUAUUUAUUUAUUUAUUUGUUUGUGAGUCUAAACUAAAAGUGUUCAGCAAAGUUUAUGAGGAACUUCCAGAUAAACUUAAAACAAGAAAGAAUGAAGAGAUGAUUAAAAUGAUGUGGACUGGUUGAUGUGUUUGAGCUGGAUUAGUGGGUUUAAGAUGCUAUACGUCUACUUUACUCACUUUACUACCUUGCUUUUGUUAUCAACAGUGACCCUCGACAGAAGUAGCCACCAUGGCAGAAGCUCACCAGGCGGUGGCCUUUCAGUUCACCGUCACCCCUGAUGGCAUCGACCUCCAGCUGUGCCAUGAGGCGUUACGCCAGAUCUACCUUUCUGGCCUCCACUCCUGGAAGAAAAGAUUCAUCCGUUUCAAGGUGAGAGCAGUUGGAUACACAAUAAAGAGCUCAAAGGGUUUCUGUACAGGAGGAAGGGAAUAAACAACAGGUGGGCAUCACUUUAGAGGCUUAUUCAAUCUGACACAAACAGUCAACUCUGACAGUAGCCCUCCUGUCUGCUCUUUAGAAACAGACAUCUAGGCCAAAAGCUGGCAUAGAAACACUCAUACUGAGUCAGUCAUGACCUGCUAGUGUAUUGACACACUUCUCUGUUGUUAAAGAUAUGUAAUUAACAACAGAUCUGCGAGAUUUAUAUAAAAGAAAACAUAAUUUUUUCACUAUAUUUUGAUUAAGAAGAUUUGAGAGAAAUGCCUUACUGAAAGAAGCUCUGUGCUGAAACUGUUAGGAGUACAUGUAGCAUAUUUGUGUAUUCGUCAGCAGUAUAUGUCUCAAAUUUGACAGACAAUUCAUCACUGCUGAUUGUCCCUCCCUGCAUAAAUGUAUUUUUUUUUUUACCAGUGGACAAGUUCAAGGUUUAACCUUACAUUCUUUAAUUACUUCCUUCCUGUGGUGACCCCUUUGUCUUACUUUUCCACAGAAUGGGGUAAUGACUGGUGUGUACCCUGGCAGCCCUGCUGGAUUCAUGGUAGUAGUGGUGUCCUACAUGUCCUACAACAAAUAUAAUCGACUGGAUCCCUCAUUGGGGUUGAUUGCCAAGCUGGGCCAACACGUACCAAUCAGGUAAGACAGCUUGUGAGUUGCUAGGAGACAAAAGUCCUAAGUUUACAUACAUAGCUUCAAAAGUUUCUGUAAGCAUGAGAAAUGUGUUUUUUUUCUCCAAGUCAAGGAUGUUGUUUAUGUCUGUGUUUUUGACAUAAAAACCACCCUAAAAUGACUCAGUUUAUGUAAAAUAAGGGCACGUUUUGGUUUUAUACAGUUUCACAUAUACAGUGCAGUUGCAGCGAAGCUUCUUUAAAAGGGAAUAUCAAUUACUUUGGCUUGUCAGUAAUACAGUUUGAGUAUUGUAGUGUGGACAGCUAAACACUCAUUGUUUGUCAGACAUUACUUAAUUAGACUUUGGAUUGGGCCCACUCUCGCUGUAGCUAAAUGAAAUCAAUUGUCUUUUUGUGUCCCCCCCCACCCCUGUCUCUGUCCACAGUCGAUACAUGUCCACAGACAGCCAAAAGAUAGUUGGAGGAGUUCUGGUGGGCACAGGCCUGUGGGUCACCAUAAUCAUGAUCAUGAGGAAUGUCCUGAAGAGUCUGUUGUCAUGGCAUGGCUGGAUGCAGGAAAGGCACGGCUCUGUGUCUUGGGCCACUCGUGUGUGGAUGGUGAGACAAUGAAUGUGUUCCUCUGUUCAGCUCGCUUCACAGCUCUUCAUACAGGAAUGUCACAGAGCUAUUAAUGUCUGAUGACGUUUCACAACUGGCCCACAAUCAUUAACUUUGUGGGUGUGUAAGGGUAAACAUUUACCUGAAAGACCGUAAAAAUUCUUUCUUCAAAGUGUUACUUUGAACAAGUAUUAUUAUCAUUAAUUGUUAAUCAAUUUUGUACAUAUGAAGCCUAAAUACUCAAGUUGAAUAGUCCAAGAUAGAAUUCCUGUUCUGUUUUAAGACGCCAUGAGUUUGUCUUUGUAUUUCUGUUGUAAUUCUUACGUUAGCUCUUUUUUUGCAGGUUUUCCGAUAACACAAACUGUAUCUUUAAAUUCCCUCUCUCCUCCUGUUUAUCUUAUCGACUUUUACAGGUACUAGUUAAGAUUUUUUCUGGUAGGAAGCCAAUGCUCUACAGUUUCCAAAACUCCCUGCCACGGCUACCUGUUCCCACUGUCAAGGACACCUGCAGAAGGGUAAUUUCCACCUCAUGUAGCCUAGCUGUUGAGCCAAAGUUGAAUGCCGUGUUGUAAAAAUCUAAGAAGAAAUUCUAGAGUAUUUUAGAAUAAGCAAAUUAGGUGGUAAAGAUUCAGACUCAGGGGCUUUAACUUCACAUUGCUCUUGGUCAGAUUUUUGUAGAUUUCAGUCUUACCCUAAAAAGAUUUCCAAUCUGAGUGUUUGAGUAAGCAGUGCAAACUGUUAGCAUUGUGAGUUCUGUUUUGUGUCCCCAGGUCAUCCUCUUUGUCUCUUGAUUGUGUUGCCUGGGGCAGAAACACUAAACAAACUUCCUGCAUGCCCAUCUUUAUCUGCUCCGGGUGGAUGGAUGACUCGUUUCUCUGGCCAAUCUGUUUCCCUUGUUUAAAACUAACGAUCCCUUUCUUUACUCUCUGUGAUGACACAUCUGUUUGGAUAGUACCUGGAGUCAGUGCGCCCACUGAUGGACGAUGAGAAGUAUGAGCGGAUGCAGGGCUUAGCGAAAGAUUUUGAAAAGAAGCUCGGACCCAGACUGCAGUGGUACCUCAAACUCAAGUCUUGGUGGGCCUCCAACUAUGUGAGUUUGACAUUUCUCUCCCUUUUCCUUGCUCUCCUGCACUUUUCUGUCACAGUUUUUGGAAUUGAAUUAGGUAUUGAAUAAGCAUCAAACUAUGAAGAAAUCCAGUGUGGUUAAUAAUCACACCCUGAGUUCAUUCUUUCUCUCUCUCUUUCUCUCACAGGUCAGUGACUGGUGGGAGGAGUACAUUUACCUCAGAGGUCGUGGGCCCAUUAUGGUCAACAGCAACUACUAUGCCAUGGUAAGCUGUCUCUAUCCAAUUAUCUGUUUGCAAAUAAGAGCUCAGUGUUUUUGCUUUUCUUGGGGAGAGGAGUUGGCUACGUGAUGAUUCUUGGGUCUGAUAAAUGGAGCUUAGUUGGGUCAAAUGUAAUGCUCUUGUCAAUAUCAUGGUAUCACUUGACAACGAAAUUAAAUAAUUGGUCAUAUAAGCAAAAAUUGUAAUUCUAUUUCAGCCACAGUGCCAAACACAAUAUUGUGCACCUUUGGGUUGGGGUCAGAAUCCAGUUCUGUUAUGGACCCAGUUCAGCAUUAUCAAAAGCCUGAAAAUCACCAAGGGUUGAGCUUAUCAGUUUAUAGAUUGAGUCUAAUAGACUCCAUGAAGUCUCACAUCCCAUCAAGCCAUAAUGAAACCAUAUCACUGGUGCAGAAAAAUAUCCAUCAUCCAAUUAAGUUUCUGGAAAAGUUCUAAUUUCCACCCACCAGAUGUUAAACCACAUGAAGAAAGAUGUUAGUGGUUAAUUUCUCACAAGGAUGGUUGAAGGCAUUAAGAGGACUAAAGGUAGGCGCAAUGCCUCCGACCGUCUUCCUGUCAACUUAGGUUUUGUCAAGAAACUUGAAAUUUGCUGUUGUUCAGGGGUGACAUAUAUCUCACCAGCAAUAUAAAAUAAAUGUUACCCUAUGAAGCCAUAAGAAGUGUUUUUAUUCAAAAACAAAGACAACUUUACAAUGGAGGACUUGUUAUACAGGUUUAGUUGUAUACAGUGAGAUUUAAAUAUCCUUCAAUUCCUAGUCGAACUCGUUUUUCCUCAUAAGGUCAGUAUCAAAUCCGCAGUCGACCCACGUGUCUGCGUGGAGAAACAUACUUUGACAAUGUCUCAUGGGAACUCAACACAACUCCAAGUUUGUCGGUUAGAUCUUUAGUUGGCAGAUCUUCAAUUACUGAAUUACAGAGUCAGAUUUGUGAGCGUGGACCCAGUGAACUCAGCAUGUUAACUCAUUCACCUUGAUAGGAACUCUGCCUGGCACAUAUCUGCAGCUCCCUCUGUAGGUUUCUGCCUCAGCAAGUUGAACAGUAGACGGGUCUGUCACUCCAGCCUGGUAAUAGCUACUGCGCAUAGAGCACAGCAGGUCUGUUUUGUUUGUGCAGUAGAAAGAGAAAGUCACUUUGCGUAGCGUGACUGCAUGUGUUUCUUAUACAUGUUAGAGGAAAACAAUGCUCUCAAAGAGACCGGGCCUAUGUUAGGGCUAAGCUCACAACAGAAAUAAAAUCAAUUGAAAUCCAACCCAGUUUCACUUCCUCUGUAUUUGACUCUUUCUACCUGUCAAAGGUAAAGUACACCAUACAAAUGAAGAGGUAGACUUGAUCUAGCAGCACUUCAUCCAUAGCCAAUAAAACGCUGAACAUUUUUACAUUUUUGAUUGUAUACGCAUAAGAUUGCCAUCUUGGAUCAAUGAUUUAACAAUCUCAGUCAAUGUUGUUGCUGCUCUCUGUCCCCCCGGUCUGAUUAUCUGCAGUGUCUGACACAUGUUCUGCAUGUGAUCAGAGAGACAGAGAGAGGAGGACAAUGUCCUUGUUUGUAAUGCAACAAUUGAAGCGCAGCAUGUAAUGUGAAACAGGAACCGCUUCAUACUGUAAAAGUUAUGUGCAGCCUGUGUCUGCUGAUGUCCUUCUUCCUGAUUCUUAGCUUUGGAUUUUUGCAAAAUAAUGAACAGGCUUCGUCCGUAAAAAGAUCACCUUUUGCAACAACAUAACAUCAGUGAUGUUAUUUUUAGUAAUUACCUGUACAUCAAGUUUUUUCAAACAGAAGUUGUGUUUUUGAGUGUCCUUAUGAAACAUGCUGCUGAUAACUAUUGCUAAAAAUGCGUCCUGUGAGAAACACUGACCGGGACCAUGGAACAACACUCAACAUUCUUGAAAUAGCACUUCAUGAUAGCGUUUGUAUGUGUGCGUGAAGUCCUUGACCAAAAAUAACCAUAAAGAAUUUAUGGAUGAUCACAAUGUACCAUCAUGUUCAGAGUGUUCUGUCACAUCUUGUUGCCCUGUCUGAAACCAUUCAAUCAAAUGUUAACUUGUGGUUUCCUCUUGCUUUGUUGUAGGACUUCCUGUAUGUGUUCCCCACCCCAAUCCAGGCUGCCCGGGCAGGUAAUGCCAUCCAUGCAAUCAUGCUCUACAGGAGGAAACUUGACAGAGCCCAGAUCAAACCUGUAAGUACUGAGCUGCUCUGUCUCUUUGUUUACAGCCAGCAAUGAUUUUUGUUUUGUAGCCAAAGUUAAUCUGCAGACAUUAUGCAAACUUUGAUACAAACUUGUCAAUCCUCUGUAAAUGAUCAACUUUUUUAUUCAUGAUUUAUUGAAUAACAGCUCUUAUCGCAGCAAUUUCUCUUUUAAGUGUACGAUGAGAGUCACUUAUCUGUCGCCACCAUUUCUUGUGAACUGUAAAGUAAAUUUGUUAUAGAUAGUCUCACCAGAGAUUGUGUGGAAGCUGGAUAAAGUCCUCAGCUCACCCUGUCUAAUUUUGACCCCGGAAUGAGCCGUGUGCUGCGCUUUCUGCUUUGACUGAAGCCUAGUUGUGCUACGAGCAAAACUAGAUCACAAGCUCUUUGUGAAGGCUUAGAAAAGACGGCUUAAUGAAUGCUGGAGAUUUCACUGACAUGCUGUAGUGUCAUUUCUUUCCCGCACCUCCUUCAGUCCUCCCUCUUUACCAACCUGCAUGAUGCUCUUGUGCAAAUUCUUUUGCAUUUGCACAAUCCUGAAAUACAAACUACAACACAUAAGACAAAUUACAUUUACUAAUUGGUCAACAUCCAAUGCACGAGCCUUCUCUGUUACAGACUCACACUCAGUUGUCUCUGUUUUACUGUUUUGUCCCUUCGCUGUGUUGGACGCUGCGUUAGAUUUACUUGCUGGCAAACAAGGUUCCUCUGUGCUCGGCUCAGUGGGAGCGGAUGUUUAACACCACCCGCAUCCCUGGUUCGGAGACAGGUAAGAUGAGGGCACACCUCUGCAGUGCUCUCUGAUCCUUUACCCUGUGACCCUCCUUAUUGUCAUGGCAACAGCCACUGGAAACCCUGACUCCAGACUUAUUGAGGACAGCACAGCCCUGAAACAAAACGAUUUCUCAUUGGCUUUAUCAAAAAUGUUUUUAAGGCAUGAAUUUGGACAGCUUGAAAAUCAAAUUUUAAUCAUCUGAUUCGUCAAAAUUUUGUGUUUUUUGAUACAAAUAUCAGGGUUUUGCUGGGUGUCAAUGAGAUGGCAGACCACUGGUUUCUGGACCCUGCUCAUUCCCCUCCUCUCUGGCAGCCUUCUGAUGUCCCCUCUGCUCCUUCAGACUGCUUAUCAAACCGAUCCUCAUCGCUCCCUCUCCUCCUCAUCCAUGCUCACAACCCUGUAGGAGUUCUGCUGCUGCUGCUCUCUCGGGAUUUUAGUCGAUUAGUUUGUCAUCUCUUUGUUUUUGACUCUCCCCUUUUGCUUUUCAGCUCAUGCUCCUACACACUAUUCCCAUGUGCUCAGCCCAAUACGAGCGUAUGUUCAACACCAGUCGUGUCCCAGGGGUAGACACAGGUAGAGUCUUUAGCAGUGCCGCCUCCUCCACACUACUCCUACUGUACCUCUCCUUGGGACAUUUGUCCAUGUGUUUGACUAAGAGAUAAUCUGACCGCCAUGAAGUAGUAAUGCAUGUGUGCUGGUCUGUGCACAGUCAAGGACUAAUUUGCAUGAGAGUCAAAUUUAGUUCAUGUGUUGAGAAGGCAGUAAAAUAGGGAUAGUGAUAAGGUAAGGCCUGUAAGUGUCAGUGGGUGUUGGGUUGGCCUGGAAAGUGUGUAUGUAUAUAUAAUUAUUUAACAGAGGUAGUUAAUAGUAUUUUAAAUACAUUUUAGUGUAUGAGUCAUGCACUUGGACAGAAAAAAGACUAAUCAUUUGUUUACGAAUGAAAUAAAAUGUUGACGUGCUGUCGUAGAAGAAAUAACACGGGUUUAAAAGGCAUGAUUUAACACUCCGAGCUUAAACCUCAGGACCAAGACCUUCAGGUCAAAUGUGUUCAUGUACUAGAAGAGAGAAACUUGGGUCCCUGGCAGACUGUUUUGAGUCUCUGGCUCUAGAAGACAGAUGUACAUGUACAUGUACUAAAGAAGCAUGAAGAUUUUAACAAAGCAGGAAUACAGGAAGAGAGAUGAUGCUUUGGUUUUGUAGCUGUGCAGGACACUUAUUUUUCAUGUUAGGUGAAAUUAAACUCUAUAAGGUGUGUUUGUGGACAGCAAGUUACAGUUAUUGACCCAGCUAGUGUGUGAGUGGAGUAACAUUUGAAAUGAAUCUAAAGUGUCAAAUUGAGCAUACUUCUAGAAGUGAUUCCCCAAACCAAGUGACUAAGAUAAUAUGCUCCCAAAGGUCAGUUAACAUAGUUGGAGGUGCCCGAAUGGUCUUUUUACAUCCGAUCCUCCAAAGAAAGAUAGCAUGCCAUGUCAAAUGUUGAGGGAAACAAAACAGAUUUUUAUGGUUUGCCAAUCAUUUAAAGCAUUUAUUUCAUUGAAAAUAGUGCAAAAAAACAUUGAACAAGGACAACAACAUGCUUAAAAAAGUAGUGUAAUGCAAGAAGAAAGAAAUCUGGAGGAAUGUCUCCCAAAUGAUAAGGUGAACAGGUUAGGAACAUUACAUUGGGUUUAAAGAGGACAGUCCAAAGAGGGUGAAUCUCUCAGACGUGAAGAUGGGAACAGGUUUACCACUUUGUGAGAGACUGCAAGAAAAUUAAGCUCAGCAGAAUAAUGUUCCUGAGUGUAAAACUGAAAAGAAACAAUCAUGAUCAUCAGUACAUAAUGUCUUGAAAAGAUCCAGAGGAUCUGAGGAAAUCUCUGUACAAAAGAGACAAGGCACUCCUGGCAUGGGUAGUUCACACAUCUUGGAAGACUAACUCAGUGCUGAACAACAUAUACAGGUUUUAGAGCAACAUAUGCUGCCAUUUAGAGGUUACCUAGUUCAUGGAAGACAUUCAUGUUUCAGUAUGACAAAGCCAAACCACAUUCUCCAGGUAUUAUAAUAGCGUGGCUCCAAAGCAGAAGAGUCCAGCUGCUAAACUGACCCGCCUCCUGAUUUGUUCCCCACUCAAAAAAAACAAAAAAAGGAAAUCUCAAACUAUAGUGAAGCUGAAAUCUUACAUCAGGCAAGAAUGGUAGAACAUUUGACUUCUAAACCCAAGGAACUAGUGUUAAACGUACUCCUGUGGCAGAUUUUAAUAAUUUUAUGGUUUAAAAUUUAAAACGAAUGUGUUUUUCAUGAAACAAUAAUUCUAUUUUUAACACUUGAUAAGUGUCUUUUUGCACUGUUUUCAAUUAGUGAUCCAAUAAAGGUGUAAAUGAUUUGCCAACCAUCAAGUUCUGUUUUUUAAUGAACACGGUAUCCCAGCUGUUUUGAAGUUGAAGUUUUAAGAGGAACAAUGCCAUUUUAGUUUUAAGCAGUAUGAAAGAUCAACCUGGAUGUGACGAUAUUGUUGUUGCUAGUGUAAGUAUCCUCCCCUUUGUCUUCCCUGUAACAAGGACAAUGUUUGUUUGAACAUUAAUCAUCUCUGAAACUAUUUCAAGACUCCCUAUCAUGGUAGCCAUCGAUAGUAUGUGAUUUUGUUUUAUGUCUUUGUUCAAACAAACAUUGUUCCGUAGUUCAUUGUAUUCAGAACCACUGUCCUGUUCCCAAAUUAUUCCCCUUUUCAUCUCACUUCCCUGCACCUCCCAUUUCAAGCUGCUUUGUUUUUUAUCGGAAAGCUCUUCUAAUCAUAUAGCGUCACCUGGAAUUUACUUGUUUUUUGCAUUUUCAAUUAUACAGAUCUGUUCGAGAAAUAAAAGCCAACCCUGCAUGUUGUUGAUAUCACAUCAUUUUUUCACUGGGACCAAUAACUGAUUCCUAACACCUCUGUUGUUCCCAGAAAUCAAAUGCUGUGACAUCCACACUUGAUUUUUAAGCUGCAUAAAGAUACAAAAACAUCAACCUCUCCAGAUACCCCAGUUGUCUUCUUUUCUCCCUUUUUCUCUAUCUAUUUCUUUAAUGCUGGUCCCUGUCUCUCAGACAUGCUUCAGCACAUGAACGAGAGCAAACACAUAGCUGUGUACCAUAAGGGGCGCUUCUACAAGGUGUGGAUGUUUUAUGACGGCCGGCUGCUGCUGCCACGGGAAAUAGAGCAGCAGAUGGAGAGGAUUUUGGCUGACCAGUCGGAGCCUUCUCCGGGAGAGGAGAAACUAGCCGCACUGACCGCAGGGGAAAGGUGAGGGGCUUUUCACAGCAAACUGCGGCAUUGAGCAGACCACACAGCUGGAAGAAUAUAUUGUCAAUAUUAUUGUUCAAAGUUUAGCUUUACUCUGCAAAACAGUAGUACAGUCUCUUUGUUAGGACAUUGGUUCAAAAAGUGUUUACUAUGGUGAGCAACCCUGCUAGCUACAGGUAAGGAAGUUAAGCCCAGCUUGAAGUAAGGCUAGUAGUUGUGAGCACUCCCUGUAUAUAGAAUGAAGGAAAGAUGCAGGCCACUCUUUAGAUGAACAAAACAUACCAAACUACUUCAGUACCACAGAUAAGCACUGAAUGAGACAUUAAGAAGUUAUGAAAUAUUCAAAGGGGAUAGACCAAUCUCCUCAAAUGUAACCACACCCAAAUUCCCAGUUGCAAAGUGGCUUGAGACUGAAAAACCAAAAACCGCAGUUAGAGACAGCCUAGAUGAUACAUCCAUCAGGUCCCAGAGCUGAAAGAAACUAUGUGAGUUUUAUGAAAACGCAAAAUGGUGUGUCCAUGGGUAUAAAAAAUACCAGAAGAGUUCCUCCUUCUCAUCACACAGAGUAGAACACUCUCUGUCCAUCACUUCUGUAUUCCAAUUUGGAUCCACCUUUGACACACUUCUCUUAGGAUCCCAUGGGCCAAAGCUCGUGAGACUUACUUCUGCCGUGGUAAGAACAAGCAGUCCUUGGACGCCAUCGAGAAGGCGGCCUUCUUUGUGACCCUUGACGACACAGAGCAGCGCUUUGAAGAGUCAAACCCAGUCAAGUCUCUGGACAGUUACGCCAAGUCUCUCCUCCAUGGAAAUUGCCAUGACAGGUGGGGCAGAGAAACUUUCCACACCAUCUUAGUAUUUGUUUUGAUUGGAGUUAAUAGCACGUCAUCAUUCCUAAAUGGACACCUUUUUAUUCUGUCAUUCAGGUGGUUUGAUAAAUCCUUCAACCUGAUAGUUUUCAAGAACGGCACCAUGGGACUGAACGCAGAGCACUCCUGGGCAGAUGCUCCAAUCAUUGGCCAUCUGUGGGAGGUACAUAAAAAUAGUUUUGAGCAGAGGAGCUCUGAGCUCCUGAUUAUGUCACAGGUCAUACAUAUACCUUCAUCGAUGAUAACUGUUUACAUUUUAUUGCUCAGCAAUCUGGAGCGAUACAUAGAGAGGAUGAAAUGUAUUCAUAUUCUGAUCGGCAGGAUAUUCUUCAGAGCUUUGAGACAAAAGUGUGAAAUCAGCCAGUGUCUUAAUUCUUCAUUUAACUGAGCUGCGAAUGAUAACAUUGAACUCUGUUUCCCAGCAUGUUCUUUCCAUGGAUCCUAUAAAGCUGGGAUACACAGAGGAAGGUCACUGCCAUGGUGGUCCCCACCGUAACCUGCCAGGUCCUCAAAGGCUGCAGUGGGAGAUCCCUGCUGAGGUAAGGACCAGGUUGUGUUUCUUCAGCAUGCUUCCUGACAGAGAUGGGGAUUGUGGAAUCACCAAGUCAUCUCAAUGCCAUGUGUUUGUUCUGCUCUGUCACUGAACCAGCUGCUUCCAAUGAGCAGCCAGGAAGGUGAGCUCAUAAGUGAAUUCACCUGGUUCAGUAACUGAGCAGAACAAAUACAUGGCACGGAGAUGGCUUGGUGACUCCACAAUUCCCAUCUCUGCUUCCUGAUAUCUUCAGAAUAAAAUGUGUUUUAGUUUUUAAAGACCGCAUUUGAAAGCAGGGAGAAAAACUGGUGAACUUGAAGAAGAAAGAAGUGUUCUUAGGGUUAUAAGGUGGCUGUGGGGUACUGCCUUUGGGUUAAUAUUCACAGCCAUUGGCUUCCCUCUGCUGGAAGCUGGAAGUAUCUGCACUAGUGUUUGUAUUUAUGUUACUUAAAUGUAGAAAAGUACAGACCUAAUUUAAAUUGAAAACUGAGUUACACUGACAAAGAAAUGUACGUACAAGUGAUAUUUGUUCUUUAUUAAUAUUUACUAAUAUUUUCAAAUUAAAUGCUGUCAUCCAUACCAUACUGCACCUUCCUAGACUAAUGUAUGACUCUGUGUUACUUUUUUAGUGCCAGGAGGUCAUCGAGAGCUCCCUGACAAUCGCCAGGACUCUUGCUGAUGACGUGGACUCUCACAUUUUCCCCUUCAACGACUUUGGUAAAGGUCUGAUCAAGAAGUGCCGCACCAGUCCUGAUGCCUUCAUCCAGAUUGCCCUCCAGCUGGCCCAUUACAGGGUAACUAUGCACAUUUCACCAGUUACUUGGCAAAGUUUCAUAACUCCUCCAGUCACUUAAUUGUCUUUAAUGCUCUUUGCAUUGUGUGCAUUUAGUGAUACAAAACCAAUGCUGCCCUGUAACACUCUGCUUUCACUCCAGCAGAGGGCAGUCACGCCUUGUCUGCCAAAAUAUCACUGUAGGAAGCCAUGAAUGAUUGAAUGAGUUAUUAAGAUUUAGUUUGAGAUGAUGUUCAUUUAGCAGUUUUUGAUAGCACCUAAAAACAGCAGAAACACCUAAAAAAAAAAGACGAUCAUCCAACAUCUGUUUAAAGUUUACGUUUGCUACCAAUUGGCAUUUACUUUUCUACCUGCCUUGGUUAUAGGAGAGGUGUUUUUAAUAUGCUCCCGUUUCCUUGUCGGUCAAACCACAAGCUUUCUACAAUACUCUGUUUUUGAACUGAUAAUUUUUAAUUUUGUAAAACUGCUUUCUUUUGAAAUGUAUUUAUUUAUUUUGCUGACCUGGACCAUCUCUCUAUAGGACAAAGGGAAGUUCUGCCUGACAUAUGAAGCCUCCAUGACCCGUUUGUUCCGUGAGGGUCGAACAGAAACUGUGCGCUCCUGCACCAUGGAGACAUGUGCCUUUGUUCGCUCCAUGAUCAGAGAUGAGACAGUAAGGCUCAUUGUAUUCUCAUUGACUGGUAUUUAAUCAACAAGAGCAUGCUGUUUGAUUUUUUUUGUUAUGUGUUUUUGUGUCUCUUCAGAGAGAGGAGCGUCUGAAGUUGCUCAAACAGGCAGCAGAGAAGCACCAAAACAUGUACCGCCUGGCAAUGACAGGGCAGGGCAUCGAUCGCCACCUUUUCUGUCUCUACGUUGUGUCCAAAUACCUGGGAGAAGACUCAGCCUUCCUCAAGGAGGUAUGAGAUGCUAAUGUAUUUUAUACUGUAAGCUGCCAGAUUUCCCCAAACAGUGUAACAUAUUCCAUGAGUAUAACCACAGACUAGCAAAGGUAGUACAUUAUAUUGUAUUUUUAACAUUUAUUACAAACUAAGUGGCUUUUAUUGAGGCCUUCUCAUGUUAUGGUCUCAAAGAUUGAUUAAUUUGUCCUAGAUUGGCACAACAAAUUAAGGGUGAAGUAAAAUAUAGUCAAACAUUCAAAGCAAUGGCUUUCAGUUUUCCAUUAAGGCUUGUCUGGAGUUGAAAAAAAACUAUUUCUAACUGGAAGAAAAUACAAAAAUAAAUUGUCCGUGAACCCACAGCACAUACAAAGUACACAGAUAUACAAGUAAAUUCAGCUCACUACUUUGUUACAAAAUCAAAAACUCAUCUGAAGCUUAAAAAAUAUACUUGGACUCAGAAAGUUGCUUUCACCAGGGACUCAAAUGCACUGUAUGUUUUCUUUUGUUUAGGUCUUGUCUGAGCCAUGGAGACUGUCCACCAGUCAGACCCCUCUGCAGCAGCUUGAGCUUUUUGAUCUGGUCAAACACCCGGAGUAUGUGUCCUCAGGAGGUGGAUUUGGUCCUGUGAGUUAACAUUAAGUUAUCAUUUUUAAUAAAGAUCUGUCAAAGACAGUGGGAGGACAGCUGCCCUACAUUCUUCCUACUGAAAAAGAUCCACAUUUCUACCAUAUCUGGACUUUGGUUUGGUAGCUUGGAGAGGUGCCAGGUCACUUAAUGAGCACUUUUGAAGUGCCCCAGAGCAAGGCACUGAACCCACCACCCCCACCCCCACCCCUUCAUAGCUCAUGGCAGCGCUCCAACCAGGGCAGCAAGGCCAUUAUCUGACAUCUCUCUAAAGUGACUUAACCUCAACAUAGUGACACAUAGUAAAUAGUUAUUUGGUGCACAUUUCUACUGAGAGUAUGACAUAUGUCAGUCACCCUCAUUUUAGUAAUUGAGUGUCGUGACUCGUAGAUGUUAAACUCCACCUUCUUUCCAUCCUACGCGUUUCCUACAGGUUGCUGAUGAUGGUUACGGUGUCUCUUACAUCAUUGUUGGUGAGAACCUCAUCAACUUCCAUAUCUCCAGCAAGCAUUCAAGCCCAGAAACAGUGAGUCAUCUUUUUAAUUUCUAAAAAUAAAAUUUAAAUUACAAUUUCUAAAAAAUUAUUACAAAGGCAUGACUUUAUGUAGAAAUGUUUCAAAUAUCCUUCCUCCAUCAUUGUGUUAUUUCAGGACUCCCACCGUUUUGGUGCUAACAUCAGACAGGCCAUGCUGGACAUUCUGGAUCUCUUCCAGCUCAACAAGAAAAAUGUCUAAAUGUGUGACAAACACUGAAAGUUGUUUUUAGCAAGACAAAUAUUCUUCCUGAAGUUUGUACAGAAUUGAUUGUUGGGUUUGGGGUUAUUUUCUAAGUUAAUUAAUGUUACAGAUUUGAAGAUAUUUGAGAGGUAUAUGGAACCAUUUCUGUCUAUGUGUGCAAGGCAUUUAUUUGUACUGUACUUAUGUCUAGGCAAGGUGAGAUUGAGGUGGUGUUGGGUACAGGUAGUGCACAGAUCGUAGUUUUUAUUUCCAGAACUGUACGCACCGGUGCCUUAGUGACCCACAAAUGUAAAAAAGGGCAGAAAGGGAGGAGAACAGUAGAGCUGCUGUAGUCUGAGAUCCAGUCUGUUUUACCACAGUUAGAUAUUUCAGCUGAAGGUUUGUAUAGCAGCAUCAUCUAAACUCUGGAACAUGUUUUAAGUUAAGCAAUAUUUUCCCAUGUUUUAUUUUUUCUCAAUGUAGAACCCCUAAGAUAUUUUUUAGAUUUUGGCAGCACCUGAGUCAUGUGUAACUGGCCAAAAAAGCAAAUGUCACGCGAAAUAACACUAACAAAAACAAAUUGCAUGUGGCCCUGGUGUCCAUAUAUUUCAUGUGGUUCAGCUCAAAUAGCGGGAUUUUCAAACCUUUAAAGUAUCCGGUAAUUUGUUUGCUACAGAGGCAGGCAGGAGUGAAACAGUGGUUUUACAGUCAAAGUAAUAAUAGAUACCCAGCAUUUGUCUGUAUACCAGCACAGGGGACAAGGAACUGUUUCUACUGUCCAAUCAAAACAUUUUUAUUUCCUCCUGACUGAAGAUCGCAGCUAAUAUGUUGUGUUUUUAUGUGCAGUAAUUUCAUGAGGUAGUGGCAGGGGCAGAUUACAUUUGUGCAUGUGUGUUGUUUUUCAUUCUCAGGUUUUACUAACUUGGCCUUGUAUUCUAGGUUUCAGGCUACAGCAUUUGAAGGUUUUGCUUACAAUGCAGUACAAUAUAACUGCAAAGAACUAAAAGGUAGUAAAACAAUUAGUUCGCAGCGGAAUUGAAGGAUCAGCAAAAGUGGUGUGUGUCAGGCAAAUCUCACUUUAAUGAAAUUGGCGACACAAGACUGACUGACUUUUAUCAGACUUUUUUUUAUUUUAUUUUAUUUUUUGAACAUAAAAGGGGGGUUAAUUAUACUCUUAAUAGUUUUGUGCACUCCAUAACUGGCCUUUUGGUUCAAACUAACCAAUGUCUGAAAAUCUCAGUAGCCUGUUGUCAAAUGAACAUUGAUGUUAAGUUAAUGAGCUAACUGUAAAGUUGUCAGUACAAUGGUUGCAGCUGUAAAGAUGAUAAACAGAAUCGCCUAAUAGCUUGUAAUGUCUCUGGUACAAUAGGAUAUCUUUGUUUUGGUUAUGCUUAGGAAGUGCAAAUAUAGAGGGGCUGUCAUGUGUAGGAAUGCCUUUCUGUUAUGUAUAUGUUGUCAGUUCAUCAUAUAUUAUUUAUUUUUCCAACGUUUUAAAAUGUUUCAUGCAGAAUUCUGUGCACUAAGAUAGAGCCUUGCUAAUUGAUGAAGAAAAACAGACAAAAUGCUUCCUUUUAUUUUUAACAUAAAAGUUCAAUCAUCAGAUUUUGCAAGUAUGUUGUAGUUGUAUGACUUUUUAUCUCGGUAGACCUCAUGUUUACGAUGCUGCAUGGUUUUUGAAGAUCAAGCUGUAUAUGUUUGCCUUUAAUUUAAAAUGUGUAAAAAGACAAGCAGCUGAUAUACCAAAACAUGUUUUAACAAUAAAGUGAAUGUCUGACAGCUGCGUCACUCCAGUC